GUCCAAUGGGAGCGCGAGGCAGGCGAUACGAACUGGCAGCCGCCAUGUUGUAUCCCCGGGUCCAGGAGGAGCGACGUCCCGGUGGUAAACACAGUCGAUGACGUUAACGGACCGCAGCUGGAAGCCAUGAGCCGCCCGUCCUCAGCCGGAGCCGGAGCCGGAGGAGGAGGAGGACUCGGAGCCGGUAAAGCAGGCGGAGGAAAGCACGGGGGAGCCGGAGGAGCCGCCGCCGCCGCUGCGUGUGCGGCGGCGGCCGGAGGCGGCGGAGUGAGCUCCGGGUCCGCCGCCCCUCCCGUGUCCCUGGCCGCGGUCGGCCUGCCCGGCCAGUCCCCGGAGCUCACGGCGCUCUUCGAGUGCCCGGUGUGCUUCGACUACGUGCUGCCGCCCAUCCUGCAGUGCCAGGCCGGCCACCUGGUCUGCAACCAGUGCCGCCAGAAGCUGAGCUGCUGCCCGACCUGCCGAGGCCCGCUGACCCCGAGCAUCCGGAACCUGGCCAUGGAGAAGGUGGCGUCCACGCUGCCGUUCCCCUGCAAGUACUCGUCGGCCGGCUGCCUGCUGUCCCUCCACCACAGUGAGAAGCCGGAGCACGAGGAGGUGUGUGAGUUCCGGCCGUACACCUGUCCGUGUCCUGGAGCCACCUGCAAGUGGCACGGAGCCCUGGACGCCGUCAUGCCUCACCUGAUGCACGCCCACAAGUCCAUCACCACGCUGCAGGGCGAGGACAUCGUCUUCCUGGCGACGGACAUCAACCUGCCGGGCGCCGUGGACUGGGUGAUGAUGCAGUCGUGCUUCAGCCACCACUUCAUGCUGGUCCUGGAGAAGCAGGAGAAGUACGAAGGCCACCAGCAGUUCUUCGCCGUCGUGCUGCUCAUCGGCACCCGCAAGCAGGCGGAGAACUUCGCGUACCGCCUGGAGCUCAACGGCAACCGGCGCCGCCUCACCUGGGAGGCCACGCCCCGCUCCAUCCACGACGGGGUGGCGGCCGCCAUCAUGAACAGCGACUGCCUGGUGUUCGACACCUCCAUCGCCCACCUGUUCGCCGACAACGGCAACCUGGGGAUCAACGUCACCAUCUCCAUGUGCUGAGGCCCGAGCGGUUCGAGUCCGGCUGCCGGUGAAGGAGAGACUCACCGACAGGAAGCCAGAAGACCCGGCGCCGCCGUCCGUGGCGUCUCCGGGUCUCAAUCGGGCGCCCGAGGACAAAGAAGCGGCAUCGGGCCGCCGAACCGAGACGGACAUAAUAAACACGAAUGAAGACGUUUCGUUGUGAACGAUCAAUAUCGAGGAAAUAGUAACAAUGCAGUAAAAGUGGAGCUGAAGAGAAGAUACAAAUGAAAACAGCUGCUGGCAGUUAAAGUGCAGCGGAGUCAUGUGGACUGUUCAGAGGAAGGUUGCUGGUUCAAAUCCCUCGUGGGAUCCACUUUAAUCUUUAAUCUCGGAUGAAAGCAGCAAACCGUCCGUUCAGCCGCCAGCGCCUUAACUUUUUCUACCGCCGACCUCCUCGUCCUCCUCCUCGUCCUCCUUGUUCUCCUCCUCGUUCUCGUCCUCCUUCUCCUCGUCCUCCUUGUUCUCGUCCUCCUCCUCGUCCUCCUCCUCGUUCUCGUUCUCGUCCUCGUCCUCCUCCUCGUUCUCGUCCUCCUUCUCCUUGUCCUCCUCGUUCUCGUCCUCCUCCUUGUUCUCCUCUUCCUCGUUCUCGUCCUCCUCGUUCUUCUCGUUCUCCUUCUCGUCCUCCUCGUUCUCUUCUCCUCGUCCUCAUCCUUCUCAUCCUCGUCCUCCUCCUUCUCUUCCUCGUUCUCGUUCUCGUCCUCCUUCUCCUUGUCCUUCUCGUUCUCCUCCUUCUCGUCCUCCUUCUCCUUGUCCUCCUCGUUCUCGUCCUCCUUGUUCUCGUCCUCCUCGUUCUCGUCCUCCUCCUUGUUCUCCUCUUCCUCGUUCUCGUCCUCCUCGUUCUUCUCGUUCUCCUUCUCGUCCUCCUCGUUCUCUUCUCCUCGUCCUCAUCCUUCUCAUCCUCGUCCUCCUCGUUCUCCUCUUCCUCCUCGUCCUCCUCCUUCUCUUCCUCGUCCUCCUCAUCCUUCUCGCCCUCCUCGUCCUCAUCCUUCUCCUCCUC